AUGCUCAAUCACUCCCUAGCAUCUACUUGUUUGCCCGAAACCUUUACGACACCAGCCAUUUUCGGGGCUGAAAUUCUCUCCUUAGCUGCAUCUUGGGUCACAAAUUAUACCCUCAAUGUGCCUGCUACAUUCAAUUAUAACCACGGUGACGUCGGCCUUAAUAAUACCAGGUUCUGCAAUGUCACUGUGACCUACACUCAUCCAGGUCACGAGGACUUGAUCACAGUUGAGACAUGGUUACCUCAGCAAUGGAAUCAACGACUGCAAGCCACCGGAGGCGGCGGAUGGAAUGCAGGCCGUUUCGUUUUGUCGGACUUUUUCAUGGCUGGAGCUAUUGGUGAAGGUUAUGCUGCUACGACAACUGAUGCAGGGCUGGGACGUGGGUCUUCCCCGAAUUCAUGGGCCCUAAAGUCUCCAGGGAACGUGAACCUAUACGAUGUCCAGAACCUUGGAUAUGUCUCUCUCAACGAUCAGGCAAUCAUCAGCAAAGACCUGGGAGGAAGGCAAGGACUUGUGCUCGCCCAACGUUACCCCACUGCCUAUGAUGGCAUUGCUGCCUCAGCACCUGCUCUAUCCUUUACUGAACUGGCAGCAUCUGUGUACUACCCUCUUCUGGUCCAGAAAUGGUCCGGUUCUUCGGCAUCUCCUCUACCCUGCGAGCUCGAAUUCAUUACGACCGAGGCCAUCGCACAUUGCGAUGCAGGCGAUGGCAUUAUGGAUGGAGUUAUCUCUGAUCCCGCCACCUGUGACUUCAACGCUUUAUCCGCAGUGAACAGAACCUUCAACUGCUCGUCCACUGGGAAGGCUAUGAAGGUCAGUAAUAUUGCUGCCUUAGUAGCCAAUGCGGCCUGGUCUGGGCCUCGAAAGGCAAAUGGUGACCCUCUCUGGUAUGGUUUCAAUCAUGGUUCUGAUAUUACUUCAUUUGGGGCCGAUCCCGGGGUGAACAGUAGCAUAUCAAGUGACCUAUGGUUCCGUUUGUUUGUGGAAAAGGACACGAGGUUCGACUCAUCGACGCUGAGCCCUCUCGAAUACGAACGGCAUUUCAAGCGUGGUGUUCAGGAGUAUGCUGGACUUUUGAAUGCCGAUUCCCCAGAUCUGACGGAGUUCAAAAAUGCGGGUGGUAAACUCAUCUCAUAUCAUGGCAUGGCCGACGAGUCAAUUCCCACCAGAAGUUCCGAGCAUUAUUAUCGUUCAGUUAGUGACGCAAUGUCCGACGUUCAGAGCUUCUAUCGUUAUUUCGAGGCCCCGGGCUUGGGCCAUUGCUCCGGAGGAACAGGAGGGCAGCCUGUCACAACUUUUAACUCCCUCCGCCGUUGGGUAGAGGAAGGCGUUGCCCCGGAGACUCUGCCCGUCCAUUUCAAGGGCACUGACGGAAAGCAACAAGCGCGAAUUUUGUGCCCAUAUCCGGCAAAAGCCGUUUAUCAGGGCGGUGGGACUUCAAACAUUGAUCAUUUCAAAUGUAUCACCAGCACGGAGGAUGUACUCUGA